AAUCCAACUCAGUGUCCAGAGCGAUAAAACUUCCACCAAACUCAGUGAUGGCGGCCGUCGUGUCUGUUAGCACCGCUGCCAGCGAUGAAAACACAGAUACAGGGUUCAGUUUCGACACUCGUCCACUUCACGAUAAUUACGACCCCGUUGAGGACCACGAAAACUGGAUGACCGGAGGCCACCGGCAUCCCGAACUCGAGGCCGGCGAAGAGGACUCAACUCCUGAACGCGAGUGUCAGCGUCGGGUCGACGAGGACUUGACAUCAGUGAGCCCCGAAGAAAUACAGAGCCGCUUAGAGAGAACUCGCCGGGAGUUUUACAACCGUAGAAAAAUUAUAAUAAAAAAUCUUCCAUCCGACGUUAGUAAUCAGGAGGUUCAUGAACUGCUCGGCAACUAUGACUUGAAGUACUGCUUUGUGGACAAAUACAAGGGAACAGCGUUUGUGACACUGCUCAAUGGGGAACAGGCACAGUGUGCAAUCAAAGAGUUCCACCAGCAUAUGCUACGAGACAGGGAGAUCUCUGUGCAGCUGCAGCCAACAGACGCUCUGCUGUGCAUUGCCAACUUGCCCUGUGCGUUCACGCAGCAGCAGUUCGAGGAGUUGGUGCGACCCUUUGGUAACCUGGAGCGAUGCUUUCUGGUUUAUAGCGCCUCCACAGGCCACUCCAAAGGCUAUGGCUUUGUGGAGUACAUGAAGAAGGACUCUGCAGCUAGGGCCAAGUCUGAGCUUUUAGGAAAGCAGCUGGGCUCCCGCAUGCUGUAUGUUCACUGGACCGAGGUGGGCUCCCUCACUUACCCACUGCUGCACUCUAAAUGCCUGUGUGUGGACCGCCUGCCCCCAAGCCUGCUGACAGCCAUGGACCUCCGCAACGCCCUAGCUGACACCCAUGCACCAGUCUUCUGCCAGUUGGCACAGGGACAAGAUGGAAGUUUUCGGCGGUUUGCCGUGUUGGAGUUCGCUACAGCUGAAAUGGCAGAGGAGGCACAGCGACCAACCGAUGGCAGGCUGCUGGGCGGGACGCAUAUCAGGGUGUCCUUCUGUGCCCCUGGCCCUCCUGGAAGGAGCAUGUUGGCUGCUCUUAUUGCUGCUCAAACCAUGGCUGUGAAUAGGGGUAAAGGUCUCCUCCCUGACCCCACAGCCAUGCAGAUACUUACAGGCCUCAAUAACCCCGCCACUCUUAAGAUGCUGCUCAACCCACUCUCACAGGGACACAAACAAGGCCUGCUCGGUGCUGCCCCUACGAUGCCCCUGCUGGCCAACCCUGCCCUCUCUGCUGCGCUGCUCCAGCUGCUCCUUCAGAACCAGGCCAAGGCCCAGCAGCAAGCCUUUCUGGGAAACCAUCUUCUGUGGGCUCAGGUGCUGCAUAAUAAAGAGAACCCUUUUGUUCCUUGUGCAGGACUCAUUGGGGAGAAUCCUCUGGCUGCUCUGCCUGUCCAGCAGGGAGUCCAUCUGCUCGGAGACCUUCCCCAAGGUCUUGGGCUUCAGACGGAUCCUCUGAACCCUCUAAAGCCGAUGUCACUUGGCAGAGCCCUGACAAGGGAGCAGGAGUCCCCAACAGCAGCUUGCACCUUCCCACAGACUUCCUCUCCCACUCUGCAGGGCAUCUCCAUGCCUCUGAUGGGUGGCAUGAUAGGGGCAGAUGGCCUCACAGCACAGGGGGUAUCCAUUCUUGGAGAUCCUCCCAAAGAUGGGAACCAUCCUCAGAGUGCCUUUCUAAGUGUCAACAAUGGUUUUCCGUCAGGAGGAAGCUGCAGACCUCACCCCUAUAGAAAGAGGCCAACUCUUAGUAAUGUGUCUAACCAGCAUACACACCAGAGCAUCCAGCCAAAUUACAACCUGCGCUACCAGGACUCCUACAGCCCAGAAUAUCCUCCCCUCCACCAGGAUCCACUGGCCCACUUGUAUGAACAGCAGGAGAACAUCGACACUGGAGCCCUGGCAGGGUUUGGCCACCAGCUUUCUCGUCACCAUGAAUUCAGCGAGCAGUUUUCCCACUGCAGUUACCCUCCCAGCCCGCCCAUGUCUUACUUCAGCUCAGGGCCCGAGGCCUGUAGCAGCAGUAGCCUUCCUGCCACCCAGCUCAACAGGGCUGUUGGAAUGCCUCCUGUAAGCCACGCUGACCACUACCCCCCAGGUCUUGGUAAUGCUGGGAAGACUCCCAUUGGAAGCCAGAAGCGCGUGUUCUCCCGACUGAUUCCAUCUCCAGAGCCGAGUCCAGAGGGCAGCUAUGUGGGCCAGCACUCCCAGGGCCUUGGUGGCCACUAUGCAGACUCCUACCUGAAGCGAAAGCGUAUAUUCUGAAGACUGCCCAAUGCAUCCUUAUGCACGAGCCAUUCAACAGCCAAGACACAGUGUGCAUCUCCUCCAGCCUCCUCCAGUGAACUGUAUAGCUUGGUGGUCCUCGGAUUUAUCUCGUGUAUUUCUGUGAGUGACCCCUGGAGGGCGCUAGGGAGUGCAGCCUGUUGCUAUCUGGACAGUUGUGUCACUCCAUGGGAAUUCUUGGUGGUUGUUUUUUCCUUUUUUCUGUGUGUGUGUGUAUAUAUGAUUUUUAGUGUGUUGGUAAAAUAAGUUUUAACUUUUCCCCCCUUUUUUUUUUUUUAAAUUAGACUUUUAAUUUCUUGUUGAGAAACUUGUACAGUGAGAAAAAAAUGGUUAAUUAGCUAAUGAAGUCUUAUCUUUUAAGCGUUUUUAACUCCAGUGUUUGUGUGUGUGUGUGUGGUGUCAGCAGAGCUACAGAUGGUUUGGCCCGUUUUUAGUGGCAGCUUGAGGCUGCUCUGUGUUUGACAAUUCACUUAAGUGAUGCUGUCUGUAAUUUCAGGCAAAGGGACUUGCAUAGUGUAAAAACAAGCUUUACUUUGAAGGUUCUCUUUUUUUUUUUUUUUUUUUUUUAAAGCCUUCCUUAUUUCCUGUAAAAAGUUCAGUAGUUUGUUUAAAUGUGAUGGUGUUUUCGUGUUGUGUUUUCGUUUCCCCUUUCCUUUCCACAGGGUUGUAUCUUUUGCUCUAUGACUCUUCCUGGAUUCAGGCCUCUACUUGUUGGUCACAUGCAGCUUUCCAUCCACCAAUGACAGCUGUAUGUACCUGCCUUUAUGUUUAUGACGUGAAGUUUUUCCGAUAAUUCCGGCACGUUUUGUCUCAAGACCUACCUGUUCCACGUUGUUUGUCUUUUGAGCCACAGCCUCCAAUAUGUUUACGGAGUCUGUUCACUAUAUUAGUUGUCGAUUGAUGCACUUGGAGAGGGCACAUGUCACAACUCUGAUCUGUUUUCACCGCCGUAUUCAAGUCUCGUCUCACUCAUUUGUACAUAAGUUAAAUAUUUUCUGUGUGUGAGUUCAGUUUUCAAAAUUAUAUUUGAACGUCUUUUGGAAGUCCAAACACCACACCUGGAUUGUUGAGUUGGUUGGAUGGGGUGCUGGAAAUGUGCUGUGAGCUAUCUCUCAAGCUGCCAGCAGGUGGUGAAUACAGGAACAUGAACCAUCUCUCGCUCAGCCAGAGAGGCUCGACUCUGAGUGAAAUGAGCCACUCAAGGCGAGUAGAUAGCAGCUGGAGUGAUAGACACAGCCUGUGUUCAAAGGUUUCAGUACUGGUGGGAGUUUUGGUAUAAAUGGAAGCUUGUGGCAGGUGAUUGGUCAGUGACAUGACUGUCCUGUUUUUUUUUUUUCUUCCUUUUUUUUAUUUUAUAUAAUUAUCUGAUUGACAGUUUGAUUGUGAAAACCCAUUACCUCUGACUUCUGCUAGGAAAUGCAGCUACACGUGAGCCUGAACUGUGCUUUGCAUCCAUCAACAUUUACCAUUUCUGUGUUAUUUGCUGUGUAAAGAGUUGGGUGUGAUCAUUUUCUCGAGUCCAACUUUUUUUUGUUUUCUUAAUCAUACCUGCCUCUGGUCUGGUGUUUUGAAUGAAUUUGCUGCUCCUCUUGUUUUUGUUCUCUGCCUGUUUGUUUGAAUCUGAUGUGACAGAGUGGUGCCACAGCAGACUGCUCAUGUUGUGUAUGGACCAAGAGAUGCAGCUGUACUGUAUGACAGUCAUCUAUUUCAAUUGAUUGGAUUCUAACUGCUAUCUUCACAUCUGUACCGCCAUGGUUGUCUGUAUGUGUGUGAUGUGAGCAAGUAAAUGUUAUUUAAACUCA